AUGGUGGCACCUACUGCUUCCGGCUCGAGCCUGGCGCGGCAAGUGGGCGGGAUGCUGCUCUCCUCGUCGCGCGUCGCCACCACCUCUGCACUUCCACGAUCCGCCUUUGCGCUCAGUGUUCGACACUCGCACGUCGGGAGUGCGCCAUUGGACUUGCCUACCUCGACGAGCAUUGAGAUUCUGCCGUUUCCGCCGCAUCCGAACCCGUCGCGACCGCUUCUGCCCUCGCUGCGCCACGCUCGAUCCGCGCUGGUGAAAGGUCCCAAGGGCGAGGUGGUGGUACCUCUGCACGAGUGCGUGACGCUGUCGAACGCGUCGAAACCCGUGGCUGUCGGCUCGACGCUCGAAUCGGCCCGCAUCACGCUGUCGAUCAAGGACGACAGCAGCAAAAAGCAGCGUGGCACCUGGGGUCUCACGCGCUCUCUCCUGCACAACGCCCUCGUGGGCGUGAGUGAAGGUCACACCGUAUCGCUCAAGCUUGUUGGUGUGGGAUACCGUGCUUCGAUCGAACAGGACCCUCUUCCGCGAACCUCGAAGCUCGACAUUGCCCUUGCGAGUUCCAAAUCUUUCUUCCUCUCGGAAGCCGCCAAGCAGGCCGAAAUCGAACGCGCAGAGAGAGUCAAGCAGGAGGCAGAGAAGCAGGGGCCUAAUCAGAGACUCCAUAUCAGGCUGGGUUACAGUCACCCCGUCUUGAUCCCCGUGCCCUACGGCGUGCAGGUGCAGAUCCCCCAGCCCAACCGAAUCGUCAUCAAGGGCGCCGACCGCGAACAGCUGGGUUUGUUCGCAAGCCAGAUUAGGAGCUGGAGGAAACCGGAACCGUACAAGGGCAAGGGCAUCUUUGUCGACGACGAAUCCAUCCGUCUCAAGACCGCCAAGAAGAAGUAG